AUGGAAUAUCAAUGCCAAAUAUCAAAAGAGUGCAUAUCAAUGGUAAAACGUUGUAACGGUGAAAAAGAUUGUCGAGAUGGAAGUGAUGAGUGGAAAUGUUGUUUCCAUUAUUUUAUGUGUAAAACAGGUAUUUGUAUUAGCGCAAAAAAGAGAUGCGAUGGAAAAAGAGAUUGUGAUGAUGGCAGUGAUGAAAGUUAUAAUUGUAAUGUCAAAACAUUGGAAGUGAAUAUAAAUCCUCAUUCUCAUAGAACACUUCAUGCCUCACGCGCCGCUCGAGUGACCACUCUACAUCCACGUCGUGAACGAAAAGUUUGGAUUGUUGAGACGAAUGCGCAUCCGAAUGCUGAUGAGAAACAGGGAAAAAGAAAACGAAAAAAAUAUCGAAAAUUCGUUAUAACGUCAACAACGUUCGUAGCCGAUGGUGAUCACAAGUUUAAUCCAUUUCUUCAAGACAAUGACCACCAUCUUAUUUCUGAUUUUGAUCAAAUAUUAGAUAGAAAAUCAAACAACGACGAUAAUCAUUAUCAUAUCAUUUCUGCAGAUAAUCCAAAUGUUAAACAAGACGAGGAGAUUAUACUUGGUAGAAAUAAUUUGAUGCAAGACGCUCUCGGUUUACCCGAAUCACCAGACGAGUUUUAUCAAAAACAUUUACAACCAUUACACAAUAGACACAGAAUAUCGAACGUCCAAUUUAUUAUUGAUUGGAACCAGCGAUUAUCUCCGAAAACUUCAAUAUUUAAAGAGAAUAACUUGUCGAAGGAGCAUUUCACAACCUCCAUGAUGCGGCCGAUCGUUCGACGUCUAGCACCGUAUUGGACAUUGAUUUAUCGUGGAAAUAUUGUCAAAGCAGAAGCAAAACAAAAUCACAUUGCAAAUAAUGACAAAUCAAAAGAAAAUUCGGAUGUGCGUAAAAAACGAUCAAUGAGAACUAUUGAAGAACCAUCAGCUGAACAAAUGCCUUCGAUUAAGAAGACUAAGAAAAAUCUUGGACAUGAGCCGCUAGUUGGCCUUCGUCUUCCAAAUCUUCAUAAAAUCUAUAAUUGGUUACCAACAGUAUCAAUUAUUGUGGCAGUCGUGCUAUGUUUAAUCAUAUUAGCUGUCCUAUGCACACAUGACAAACGACAUGACUAUUUACAAUUAGCGCCUCGAUUGAAUCAAAAUAAUAGCGCAUAUCGAGUUAUGGAUGUAGCAGAAUGUGUCGACGGCAAUGUUCAAUUUGAAGAUGGACUAAAUAUUUUAUUAACACGUGGCACUCUGGUUCUGAAUAAAAAUGAUGCGAAAUCGAUAGAGAGAAGUAUACCCGUGAACAAUAAUCAACGUAAUGUGAAUCCGUGA